AUGGCUGAUAGAAUAAGAGGCAGGCCAAGAACUGCGGCAAAGGUAGCAGAAAGGUCGUUAGAGGAAAUUAGACGUGAUGGUGCUUUUGACCAUGAUCCCGACUUUGAACACAUCAUUAAACGUGAGACCAACGGUUUUAAUGAGAAUGAUAGUUCAACCUAUGAACAACAACAACUGCUGAAAUCACGGAAACCACCAAACUCAGUAUAUCAUCGACGUGGCCUUGAAAAGUGUUGUGAUUACUGCUAUGCUCUCCUUAUCGAUGCAGAACUACCAUCUUUUUGUUGCGACAGGGGCAAAGUUUUACUUGGUGACAUAUUCAAAGAACCUCCACAGUACAUGAAGGAUAUCUUAUUGGAUCUAAUCACAUCCAAAUAUUCUCGAACAACCAGUCCUGUUAUUUCAUUAUCAUCCUUAGGUUCUAACAGUACUGGUGAUUCGUGA